AUGGAAUCUUUAUCUCAAGUGAUGCCAGAAGGGCUAGCAAAAAAAGUGGAGAAAGCAUUGCUAGAAGUAUUGGAAAUGCUAUGUAAAAAAUUGCAAUUGGUAGAAAAUCCUGACGGAUAUGCUAGAUAUAUUGCAAGAAAACUAGUUCCAGAUGAAAUAUCAUAUAAUACAAGAAUAGAGAAAGAAGAAAAAUGUGAAAUAUCCAAAGAGAAUGCGAAAGGAAUUAUUCAAGGACUUCUUAACAUGUCACUUACAGAUGAUUAA